AUGAACCCCAGCAGUAACUUGUUCCAGAACCCUUCUUCUCUUCGUGUAGAGUCCCCAGCCAUAUCAGGCGUAAAUUUCAUGGCUUCGCCUUCAGUUUCUCCGGUGGGCGGUACACCAUCUUCGUACGAGGCCGUGCCUGCUUCUGCUUUUGAUGCUGAGACAGGUCCGCUACGCCCGAACCUCAUGAACGAAAUCCGCAACCAGAUCAAAGCUACAAACAGACAGACAAUCGUCAAGGUCAUGCGUCUGCUAAAUCUGGUACUGGCCUCCACCACUGUCACGGUGGGCGUGCUAGCGUGGCUGUUCGGUCAAGUGGACACGUUUCAGAAAUUUAUUGCAGGGAUUUACAUUAUAAUAUUUGGCGCGUUACUGCUGGCAUUUGAGAUGCGUACCGAAAAGAUUGACGUGGUCUUGCGCAAAAACUUUGGCUUCAUGUAUGGCAACAAGACGCGCACCGUGUUCUUGGUCUUUAUCGCGAUCUGGCCGCUUUCAAUGGGUAACUUUUGGCUGACAAUUCUGGACGCCGUGCUGCUGUUCCUCAACGCUUUUUUCAACUACUUUGUCAUCUCGCAGCACCCAGCUUUUUCUACGGUGCCGCCGGUGUACAACUCAAACCAACCCUAG